AUGUCCCACCACUGCUCGCCCCGCACCGGCUCGGCCCGGGCCCCGGCGGGAGGCUGCCCCGUGCCCGGCGUGCCGGCCGCCCCCGGCUCCUCGCUCGACGUCGACUGCCUGAGCGGCAUCUGCCUGCCCAGCUCCUUCCAGACCGGCUCCUGGCUGCUGGACCACUGCGCCCGGGAGCCGGGCUGCGAGCCGCCGGCCUGCCCGCCCGCCUCCCGCCUGGCCAGCCCCGGGCGGGCCGCCUGCCCGCGCCAGCCCGCCUGCCUGGCCGCCCCCUGCUCCGCGGCCUGCAGCCGCCCGCUCACCUUCGUGUCCAGCAGCUGCAAGCCGGCCGGCGGCCCCGCCGGGGGCCAGCCGGGCGCCCCCCGGACCUACAAGCGGCCCUGCGUGUCCGGCUGCCGGAGGCCCUGCUGA